ACAUGGGAGGAGCACUUGAAAGUUGCAGGUAGACCGGAGACACAGACAGGGAGCGCUCGUUUGUUGCCACUUACUGGAGAUCACACGCUCGUCAACAUAGAGAGAGGGAAGUAUAGAGACACUGAGAGAGAGUGUGUGUGUGUGUGUGUGUGUGUGAGAGAGAGAGAGAGAGAGAGAGAGAGAGGAGGGAGGGAGAGCCACUCGGUCAAAGUGAGCUUUAUCUAUCGCGGUGGGUCACUUAAUAAGAGCCAUUUGGAGCUAGAGGCGGGAGCCGCAGCCAGACGCAGACCAUCACAAGAAGGGGAGCAGUGAUAAUCUCACAGGGCAGCAGCUCAGAGCACAUUGCUCUACACAGGGAAGAGAAAAAAACGAACACAGACACGGAAGAGAAGUGAGUGAAAGAAAGCAGAGUGAGGGACGGAAGGCGAGACAGACAAAUUGACUUUUCAUCUUCGGGAUAACCAAAGAAGAAAAAAGAAAAGCAACAAAGUGAGAGAGAAGAGGCCGGACUGAGCUGGAGAAGAUGCCGCGGGUAGUCCCGGACCAGAGGAGCAAGUUUGAGAAUGAGGAGUUUUUCCGCAAGUUGAGCAGGGAGUGUGAGAUUAAAUAUACUGGCUUCAGGGACCGGCCCCAUGAGGAGAGGCAAGCUCGUUUCCAGAACGCCUGCAGGGAUGGACGGUCAGAAAUUGCCUUUGUAGCAACAGGUACCAACCUCUCUCUCCAGUUCUUUCCAGCCAACCUGCACGGAGAUCAGAGGCAGGUUCCUACGAGGGAUUAUGUCGACUUUGAGAGAGAGACAGGAAAGGUCUAUUUAAAGGCUCCUAUGAUCCUGAAUGGAGUGUGUGUGAUCUGGAAAGGCUGGAUUGAUCUACAGAGGCUGGAUGGGAUGGGAUUCCUGGAGUAUGAUGAAGAGAGAGCACAGCAAGAGGACGCUUUGGCCCAGGCAGCAUUUGAAGAGGCUCGCCGCAGAACCAGAGACUUUGAAGACAGAGACCGGUCACACAGAGAGGAUCUGGAGGACCCUGUGGUUUCUAAAAUCUGGGACUGAUGACACACAGACAGCCAGCAGAAAAGAACGGGUCCAGACGACAGCAGGACCCCAGCCCUGGCUCAAACAUGGCCAACGCUGAUGUGGAACACAAGAUGCGCUGAGAAGGAGGAGGAUGUAGCGGAGGGAGGAAGAUGAGAAAACCAAGGGCUGGCAGUUCAUUUUCAAUGCAAUCAAUUUCAAAAGAGUUACUUUAAUUGGAUGAAAGACCAAUACCACAUAAUUUAUUUUUUCCUUGAAAGGUUUGAUUUGAUCUUUUCACACACCAAACAGUUUUGAGAUAUGUACAUUUUAAAUAGUACAAUACAACAUGCCUUAGGAAAUGACUGAAUUUGAAUUGGAACAAACCUUGGAAAAGAAGGGAAUGAAUGAAAUAGUACACAACGGACCUGGACAAAGGUAGCUGAAUAUGUUCAGAUGUUUUUAGCUCUAAAUUGUAAAUGUGACAAAACCAAAGUUGAACUUGUUUUCUGAGUGGAAGAAGUGUUUUAAAUUUAUAAAGCAGAGAUCAAAUCAUUCAGAAACAUGAAUAUUUCUGUCCAGUUAUUAACGGAUUUUAUGAGCAGGUGUAGAUUCAAAUACCAAAACUAUAUUUUUUAUCGAUAUGAGACUUUGAAAAUAGAGGUAAAGGGCUGAGGAAGAGGGGAGGAGGAGGAGUGAGAGGGAUUAUUUGGCUCAGGGUCACGGUUUGGGCUUAUUGGUGAGGAUUACCAGUGGAGCAUGUAUCAAAAGUAAGAUGUUGACUGUAUGUGAAAAAAAGAAAGGUUCUACAUUGUUCAGUGUUGUGCAACACUUCACAUUUGUGAGCAAGUUAACCCUUAUAUGCCGAGCUCACUUCCUGAAACCUGCUGUUUUCUUAGACCAAAGUUCACUAUGCUGGAAAAGGGAGGGAGGGGGAGGGAGGGAGAAAGGGAAUAAGAAGGAGGAAACUGAGUUGCAUUUAAAUCACGGGCUGGAGGAAGAGAAUAGUGCCAGGUAUUUGCUGUAUUAUGAUGUUAGAGAUUUCUUUAAAACAAGACUAUAAUGACAUGCCCUAACCGUAGGAUCACAGAUAUUUAUAAACUCAAGGCGAGACAUUUACAAAGAAAACUGUUACAAACUCUGCCAAGCAACAGGGGUCAAUAAAAAGGUCCUUUGUUUUCUGACAGGUUUUGCACUAUGAGAUACAAUCAGUCUUGUUCCCCACAUGCAUUUUCUUCUUGCAUGAACGCAAACACAGGCCUACCUAUGUUCUUUACUGUUCCCUAUGCAGCCUAUUCUUCAUGAGAGCACUCGAUGAGGAAUAACUGGGUGAUUCAAACUAGAGUUUUGAGCUUUAUUAAUUAUCAUGUUGUGAACUCGUUUUUAUUUAACCAGGUUGUUUGAAAAGAGACAGGUCAGUCAAAAUGUGUUUCUCUGGAGUCAAUGACAUAAUGACAUCAUUCAUUGUUUUGACCUGUGUUUUAUCCUCUAAAGAGUUCACGAUUGCAGAACAGUCAUGAAGCAGUUUCUAUAGCUAGGAUUUUACCAGUGAUGAUAGAAAACACACACUGCUAUAAGCUGCUUCUAUUCAAAUGGAAAUGAACACAGGCUCUUAAACUCCUCUCAUACUGUACAUGCGUUCAUCAGCAUCACAUAUCCUUUCUGUCAGUCCUACUGGAAAACCAUCACAGUACAAUCAUCAUGAAUAAUGAAUCAGCUCAGAGACUGUACAGACGAUGGUACCAAUGCAGUUUAUAAUCCAUCUUUGGACGGAUCACCCAGGUACUCCUCAUCACCAGAGGACUGUGAAAGCUUCGAUGCAGUCUGAAAACUAUUCCCUGUCCUGUUACAGCACUAGUGAAUAACGAUGUUGUGUUUUGUUUUCUUAUUGUUUUGUUUGUGUGAAAGUCAGGAUGUUUACUUUUUAUAUUCCUCUUCUUCCCUCUGUACAUGUAUUCAUUUGUGUUCAUCCUUCAGCUUUAUGAACUAGUAUUCGCAGCGUUAGGAUAUUUUCUGUAUAGUUUAGAUGAAAAAAGAUAGACUGUCAGACUAUCAGAUAUUUGGGAGUUUUGAGAACUUUUAUUGCAUAUGUUUUUCAUUGUUUCAUGUGCUCUCUUUAUUAAUGUUAUUCUUAUUAUUGUUCUUGUUUUUUAAAGGAAAUCCACUUCCUGGGUUAGAACAUUGAAUGUGGAUUUACUUAAGUUGUGUUAUUACGCAAUAUAAAUGUUUUUAUGUUGUGCAACUAGAAGCUCAUUUCAUUUCUCAGUGUGUUUUACUUUUAAUGCACUCAACGGUUUUUAUUAUUAUUUUAAUAUUGUAACCAAGAAAUACCUUUUGUUUAUUCAUGUUUUUUUUUCUUUUACCAGUCUGACUUAUUGAGAAUCUAAUGAGCUUUACAUGAGCUGAGAAAAGCAGUGAUAUUUUCAUACAUUGUCGGUCAUGUUUGUGUAACAUUUUACAGAAAGUGUUUUGGAGUAAAAAUGUUGUUCAGAAUAAUAGUUGAGAUUCAAAUAAAGAUGAAAAACUCUGAAAAGUUGAACUGGCUGGCUUGGAAGUUGACAGAGAGGUUAUCAUAUGAAAAUCUUGUGUUGCAAAGGAAGUGAGAGAAACGGUUACAGCAAAGUCAAAAAAGUCCUGGAGUACUGGAGGAAUUAAUGAGAAAAUUUGAUACUUGGACAAUUUGAUUUGGGUAACUUUAGAUUGAUAAAAAAUGAUGUGCAUUGAGAUAUUUUGGAGAGUGGGGUGAAAGGUUAUUUGUUCAGAGUAUGCACAAAGUGUAACUUCCCUAUGAUAAGUAGCAGAUUUUGGUGACUAAGCCGAAGUUGAUACUGUUAUGUUGAAAAGCUGAGAAGAUAAGAGAGCAGAGAAGUGGAAUCAGAGAAUUUGAAUGCAGAGUUGAGGUGUGUGCAGGGACAGAGGAAGGUCUUAGAACAUUUGAGGGUCAGGUCAUGUUGGUUAUAGAUGUAAUCCAUUUACAUGAUGUAAAGUGGCUGUUUGUUUUAUUCCUUUUUCACUUGCAUCCUAUGUUGAAAAAGUUCAGCAGCACAGAUUAGGUGCCCAUCCUGAGCCCUUUUCAUAUUGUGAGUAUGCAACAGCACCAUAACAUAGCUCCCCCUCAUCCACCUUAAUACUCUCAUAUUGAUCCUGCAGAGGCAUAACACUGCUUCCCCAGUGAGUUAUUUCACACUGCGUGGAACUUUGACUCCUGCAGUGAACAAUGUAGUAAUGUAAGCUACAUUUCAAGUUGUUCUGAGUGGAAGCUGAUGAGAGAGUUUGGUGGAAAGUUAGCGGUGGUAGAAUUAUUGAGAUUUAGCCUUGAGGCCCGCUGUCUGUUUUUAAAAAUUAGCCUUUUGUUAAUUGAUUAGAUGUUUAUGCUACAAACUGUCAAAUCAGGUCGUUUCUCUCAUAAACUUGACGUAAAACACGGGAAUCUUGAUUUUCUGCAGUGAAUCAGGUUGAGAAAUAUUUUAUUGUAAAAGGAGGUUUUGUUACAUUUCUUGGUUGUAGUUAGAAAGUGCAUCAUGUACUGCCAUGUCCCCACCAGCCAAUGCAAACAUCUUUCAUACUCCGUCCCUCAGUUUUCUUAAUGCAGGCAUUAAGGCAAAACAUUAAACCAUACACUUCUUGUUGUUGUUUCUUUAACUGUUUGUUUUCUUUUUUGUUUAAGUUAUUGAUGCUUUGGUUUUAUUUAGAGAUCCAAAGAUGAAACUGUAAUAUUUAGUGGCUUGUACACACUCCCCAGGUUUCCCCUCUUGGUGUGUUUGGUCUGUGUCUCCCUCUGUUUCAGGUCUGAGCUUGUCUUCUUGGAGUAUUCUGAAAUGUAAGAUCUCCUAUUCGAAAUGUUGGACUUUUUCAUAAUAAACAUCUAUAAAUUCUUGUA